CCGGCCCAGGCCGCCGGGAGGGGGGCGGGGACGCCCAACUUGGGGCGCGGCGCAGCCCCGCUCUCCCGAGAUCGCGGAGCCCGGGAAUGCCACGGCGGCGGCCAGACGGCGGGAGAGGAGCCGGGAGAGAGGAGGCGGCGGGCAGCUCCUGAGCCCGGGCCUCCGCAAGAGCGCGAAUUAUUUUCAAAGGACUCAAACUUUCCUCUUUCUCUUGCUGGUUGCGGUCCCUCUUGCUUUGGAAUCGUUCUCUGGAUUCCCGCGGGGGCGCCGGGACGCGAUCGCCUUCCCCGGAUUCCUCGGCGGCGGCUCGGCUAACUUCGCGGACUCGGGGACCCGGAGCGCUCGCCCCGCUACCGAACCCAGUUCUCAUUGCUCCAGCGCACCAGAGGACGGGGACCUGGGCGCCCUCGCCUCCGGGAAGGGCGUCCGGCCCGGCUCCCUUGGGUCGGGCUGCGGAACCCUCCACACCUACUGCAGGACUGGAGCCAGCGGAUUAACCAAAGCAGAGCCCCGGCCUCCUGGCCUGGCUCCGCGGAGGGGCGUCCCCUGGGCGGGGAAAAGACAAGUUUGUCAGGCAUCGGUGGCCUGUUGGAUCGGAGCGCUGCCGCCGCAGCAGAGAGGUGCCCCCGCGCUCAGCACCCUCGGUGGACAGCCCUGGGGACCCAGGACUGCUCGGUGGCCGAGCUUUCUGGGCCAGGGAGCUGGCUGCUGCGCCCGGUGCGCAGAGGCUUCAAGGUCUGGGGCAGCGCCCCCUGCGUCUCCACCCGGGCAGCCGCCCUGUGGGAAGAGGACAGAGCCGAGUCGCGGCUUGCUCAGACUCCUAUUCUCGGUCGCCGCCCUCUCCGUCGCGUCUCAGGGAAAAGGAGGGAACGCAGAGGGCAAAGCGGUGCCCCGGUGGAUGCGCCCCCCGCCGCCUCUCAGGCUGCGCCGCCUCGCGGGGAUGAAGCACUGGCCGUGAAGAUGGAGGUGACCUGCCUUCUACUUCUGGCGCUGAUCCCCUUCCACUGUCGGGGACAAGGAGUCUACGCCCCAGCCCAGGCCCAGAUCGUGCAUGCGGGGCAGGCCUGUGUGGUGAAGGAAGAUAACAUCAGUGAGCGGGUCUACACCAUCCGGGAGAGCGACACCCUGGUGCUGCAGUGCCUGGUCACGGGACACCCUCGGCCCCAGGUACGGUGGACCAAAACUGCCGGCAGCGCAUCGGACAAGUUCCAGGAGACGUCGGUCUUCAAUGAGACUCUGCAGAUCGAGCGGAUCGCACGCACACAGGGAGGCCGUUAUUACUGCAAGGCGGAGAACGGAGUGGGCGUACCAGCCAUCAAGUCUAUCCGCGUGGACGUGCAGUACUUGGAUGAGCCUGUGCUGACAGUGCAUCAGACGGUGAGCGAUGUCCGAGGCAACUUCUACCAGGAGAAGACCGUGUUUCUACGCUGUACCGUCAGCUCCAACCCGCCUGCCCGCUUUAUCUGGAAGCGGGGCUCCGACACCCUGUCCCACAGCCAAGAUAAUGGGGUUGACAUCUAUGAGCCUCUCUAUACUCAGGGGGAGACGAAGGUCUUGAAGCUGAAGAACCUGCGGCCCCAAGACUAUGCCAGCUACACCUGCCAGGUGUCCGUGCGCAAUGUGUGCGGCAUCCCAGACAAGGCUAUCACCUUCCAGCUCACCAACACCACGGCACCUCCAGCCUUGAAGCUGUCUGUGAACGAAACUCUGGUGGUGAACCCUGGGGAGAACGUGACAGUGCAGUGUCUGCUGACGGGCGGCGAUCCCCUCCCCCAGCUGCACUGGUCCCACGGACCUGGCCCACUGCCCCUGGGGGCGCUGGCUCAGGGUGGUACCCUCAGCAUCCCUUCAGUGCAGGCCCGGGAUUCUGGCUACUACAACUGCACAGCCACCAACAAUGUAGGCAACCCGGCUAAGAAGACGGUCAACCUGCUGGUGCGAUCCUUGAAGAACGCCACAUUCCAGAUCACCCCUGACAUGAUCAAAGAAAGUGAGAACAUUCAACUCGGUCAGGACCUGAAGCUGUCGUGCCACGUGGACGCGGUGCCCCAGGAGAAGGUGAACUACCAGUGGUUUAAAAACGGCAAGCCGGCACGCACAUCCAAGCGGCUGCUGGUGACCCGAAAUGACCCCGAGUUGCCCGCUGUCACCAGCAGCCUGGAGCUCAUUGACCUGCACUUCAGUGAUUACGGCACUUAUCUGUGCGUGGCUUCCUUCCCGGGGUCACCAGUGCCUGACCUCAGCAUAGAGGUCAACAUUUCCUCCGAGACAGUACCGCCCACCAUAAGUGUGCCCAAGGGCCGAGCAGUGGUGACAGUGAGGGAGGGCUCUCCUGCUGAGCUCCAGUGUGAAGUUCGUGGCAAGCCCCGGCCUCCAGUGCUGUGGUCUCGGGUGGACAAGGAGGCCGCCCUUCUGCCCUCGGGACUGGCCCUGGAAGAGACUCCAGAUGGCAAGCUGCGGCUGGAGAGUGUGAGCCGCGACAUGAGUGGUACCUACCGCUGCCAGACUGCUCGCUACAAUGGCUUCAACGUACGACCCCGGGAGGCUCAGGUGCAGCUGACGGUGCACUUCCCUCCAGAGGUGGAGCCCAGUUCCCAGGACGUGCGCCAGGCGCUGGGCCGACCUGUGCUCCUGCGCUGCUCGCUCCUGCGUGGCAGUCCUCAGCGCAUCGCCUCGGCCGUGUGGCGCUUCAAAGGACAGCUGCUGCCCCCGCCGCCUGUUCUCCCUGCCGCUGCUGUGGAGACCCCUGAUCACGCCGAGCUGCGCCUGGACGCCCUGACCCGUGACAGCAGCGGCAACUACGAGUGCAGCGUCUCCAACGACGUGGGCUCAGCCACCUGCCUCUUCCAGGUCUCCGCCAAAGCCUACAGCCCGGAGUUUUACUUCGACACCCCCAACCCCACCCGCAGCCACAAGCUGUCCAAGAAUUACUCCUAUGUGCUACAGUGGACACAGAGGGAGCCAGACGCUGUGGACCCCGUGCUCAACUACAGACUCAGCAUCCGGCAGUUGAAUCAGCACAAUGCCAUGGUCAAGGCCAUCCCAGUUCGUCGUGUGGAGAAGGGACAACUGCUGGAGUAUAUCUUGACUGACCUCCGCGUACCCCACAGCUAUGAGAUCCGCCUCACACCCUAUACCACCUUUGGGGCUGGUGACAUGGCUUCCCGAAUCAUCCACUACACAGAGCCUAUCAACUCACCCAGCCUGUCAGAUAACACCUGUCACUUUGAGGAUGAGAAAAUCUGCGGCUACACCCAGGAUCUGACAGACAACUUUGACUGGACGCGGCAGAAUGCUCUCACCCAGAACCCCAAGCGCUCUCCCAAUACUGGGCCCCCUACUGACAUCAGUGGCACCCCUGAAGGCUAUUACAUGUUCAUUGAGACAUCCAGACCCCGGGAGCUGGGGGACCGUGCAAGGCUGGUGAGUCCCCUGUACAACGCCAGCGCCAAGUUCUACUGCGUCUCUUUCUUCUACCACAUGUAUGGGAAACACAUCGGCUCCCUCAACCUUCUGGUGCGGUCCAGGAACAAAGGCGCUCUAGACACACAUGCCUGGUCCCUCAGUGGCAAUAAGGGUAACGUGUGGCAGCAGGCCCAUGUACCUAUCAACCCCAGCGGGCCCUUCCAGAUUAUUUUUGAGGGGGUUCGAGGCUCUGGCUACCUGGGGGAUAUUGCCAUAGAUGAUGUCACACUGAAGAAGGGAGAGUGUCCCAGGAGGCAGAUGGAUCCCAACAAAGUGGUGGUGAUGCCAGGCAGCGGAGCCCCACGCCUGUCCAGCCUGCAACUUUGGGGAUCCAUGGUCAUCUUCCUCUUGGCAUUGCAGAGAUGAUGAGAGCUGUGUGGCCCCACCCCACCCUGCCCCCGGCACACCAAAGUGUCCACAUCGUACCAAAGACUGACCCCUGCCAGCCGGGGUGCCUAGGGGCGGGGCCGACCCGCCACCGAGGGGGCCUUCAUUGGCUGCAAGGAUGAGCGGAGAACUCAGACAGAGGCCAGGCCAGGCUCUGGUGGUUGUUCAACACACGCACACACUCACACUCACACUCACCACAGAUAUAUUAAAGCACAAGUUUUUAUUCGACCUGCCAGCACCUUCUUUACUGUGGAGAUGGGACUUACGUGAAUGGCGUCCACCACCUCCAGGGACCUUGGUGCGACACGGGACUCAUCUUGUCUGCACACUGCGCUGUGUCUGUCUGAUCUUGCCCCAUCCCCUGACUCAAGGCCGAACUCCAGCCCAGAGGCUUGCCAGAAGGGAGCCGGAUGUGGGCAGAAUAUCAGACUGGGGCUGCCUGGAUAGAGAUCACAGGGUGCGGAGGCAGGCCAGUCGGGACUCUGUGAGCUCUCCGACUGCCCCUUGAUCAGAGGCUGACAAGGAAGGGGCACCUGCUGCAGAGUGGACACAUGGCUCAACUCAGGUCCCCUGACCUGUUCCUAGGAUUCCCUCUUGCCCUCCCCACCGUGCCCACUUGGGAAGGCCCGCAGCACAGGGCUUAGGGUAUGUACAGUAUGAGGGCCAUCUCCCACCUUCUGCCUGACUCUGAUCAGCCGCUAGAUGCCACUCCAGAGAGUCCCAGCUUGGGACUUCUGGAGUGAUCAGCUUUGGGACUGAUGUGUAAGGAGUGGUGUCCAUAUUAUAUUCCCAGGUGAGCAUUGGCUUUGAGGGGAGCACAGAGCCCUGCCUUUGUGAUCCCAUGUCCCCAUAGAGAACAUGAAGUCACAGCGGAGAGGAUCCCCUGUUUCUUAGGUAUUUGAUCAGAGAGUUCUGGAAGAGAGGACUGUAGAGGGUAAGAUGCCAUCUAGUCAGCCCUGUGGAGUA